AUGCGUCUGUUUGUGGCUUUGGUUUGUGUCAGUUUGGUGGCCGUUUCCUCUGGCCAGCUGUCCCUUCGGGGAAGAUUGGCUCGCUCCGCCAAUGUGAACCUGGCGGUGGAGCAGCCCGCUUUGCUGGCCAAGACAGCUGGAAUUGUUCCCUCCGUGCUGGUGAAGAAUGCCGGAAUCGUUCCCUCCGUGCUGGUAAAGAAUGCCGGAAUUGUUCCUUCCGUGCUGGUUAAGAAUGCCGCCGCAAUUGUUCCCGCUGUGGAUGUGGCUGCCGAUGUUCAAGACCCUAGCAUCCUGCCUCAGGUUUCCACUGCCAACAUCUUGCCCUACUAUCCCAGCUACUGGCCCGAUUACGGAUCUUCCAAUGGAGGCUGGUAUCCCGGUGCCUGGAACGGUCCCAGCUAUCCCAACAACGGCUACUACGACUACGGAACUCCCUACCUGGCCAGGCCCCGUUUUGUCAAGCCCGUCGUGACCUCCGCCGUGGCCCCCGCCGUGAUCCCUGCCGUGCUCCCCGCCGUGAUCCCCUCGGCUUCGUCCCCAUCCUCCUCCACAGCCACUUCUGAGUCUGGUGAGAGCUCCAAUAACGACUCCGCCACUAAAGAUGCCGCCGCUGUUCCGGAGCAGGCUGAGCCCGAGCAGGCUGUUCCCGAGCAGGCUGAGUCCGAGCAGGCUGAGUCCGAGCAGGCUGAUCCUGAGCAGGCUGAGCCCGUGCAGGCUGAGCCCGUGUUCUCCACCCAGGUGGUCUAG